UACACUGACAGCGCCUCUGCAACAGUCAACCAAAAAAGAAAUUGUAACCGCGUUAGCACCUGCUCCCCUUUACGUUUAAAAAUAGCACGUACAGUAAGCGUACAGUAAGCGUACAGUAAGCGCAGUAGCGGGUUAUCGUGACUUCUGUAAUAAUACAAAAUAUAUGGUGCUUUUCGAUAUACUGGUAACGUUUUACAUGGAACCGCAAUAAAGCGUACAGUAUUACAUCGUUAUGAUCUAUUCUCUAUUUUUAAAACAGUAUCACUGCGUAUGCAAACAGGAAUGUAGCGCUCCUUUAAGCCGGCAGAACCAGUUCUAAUUCAGCACAGUCGUGGCUCCCAUUUGCCCCACAAUGCGAUUACAAGCAGGGGCAUGUCAAUUGACUCAUGCCUUCCCUUCUCUAGAAAGGGGACUGCACGCAACCAAACUUCAGCUACGGUGCUCAUACGACCUUGAAUCGCUGGAUUUACAAACUCAAAGGUUUCAGACUUUGUAGACACAUUAUUUUUUAUCCGAUCUGAUCUGUAACUGAAUGAGGAAGUGUUUUUUUUAUUAUUAUUAUUAUUUAAUUAUUAUUUUCCAACAACGCCAUUUCUUGUUUCACCUACAAGGCAAAUACAAUUUUGCUGCCUGGCCGACUAUCUUUAUUUUAUCAUUUUUUAAUGCCUAUUAUUACAAGAACGGGCUGCUUUGGAAUGUAACUAAAUAAUUCAUUUUAAUUUUUGUAUUCAACUGUAACAAAACGCAUGUUUUGUGAAUGUUUUUUUUUUUUGGAUUUUUGAAAAUCACAUCUCUAAUCUGGGAUUGUUUGAGGUUUUUUUUUGGAAUUGAAACCUGUUAAUUGGAAUCAGAAUUCCACCAACUAAGAAGAAAGGACAUCAAAAAAACUAUUUUGCUUUUCAUUUUGAAUUCUCUAAAAGAUCUGGGAUCGCUUGCCGUACAUAUCCUUCUAUCAAGGCGGAAUAAAACCUGUGUAUGAUUUUUGGGAACUGUUUUAGCAGUAACUGUACUUCAGCAAGUGUUGCGUUUUCAAAGACUACUGUUUUAAACAUCUGAACAAACGUUUCCGAGGUAUGAUGAUUGUCUUUCUUACACGCUGCGUUUAUAUUGAAAUGCAAAUACAGUAACAUUGCUUCAAUAAGCAAAUAAUCCAACAAUAGCUGCACUUGAAAACGUUUUUCAAGACUUUUCUCAACUUGAAAUGUUUUUUUUAACGUGUUGGUUUUAAAUUAAAUUAAAUACUUUUUCCUACUGACUUAUUUUACUUAUAUGAAAAAUGUCAAACUGUACAAAAAGCAUUAAUUCUACUUUUCAAGAAAACUUUUUGCCUCCGGUAUUCGGGGUGGAGUUUUGCGUGGCACUUUUGGGCAACAGCCUGGCUAUAUGGCUUAUGCUAACACGAGAAAGAAGACACUGGCACACAGGAAUCGUCUUUGUCUUUAACCUGGCUGUUUGCGACCUCCUCUACGUGCUGUCCUUGCCCCUGUUAAUCGGCUACUAUACGAACGACAAGAACUGGAUCUUCAGCGACGCGCUCUGUCGGAUAGAACGGUUCGUGUUUACCUGCAAUUUAUACGGGAGCAUCUUUUUCAUCACCUGCAUCAGCCUGAACCGCUACGUGGGGAUUGUGCACCCUUUAUUCAUGCGCAGCUACGUGCAACCCAAGCACGCGAAGGUGGUUAGCCUCGCGGUGUGGUUCUUGGUGAUCGGCAUUUGCUCGCCCGUCUUCCAUUUCUCGAUGACGGAGAAGAAGGGAAACACAACGGAGUGUCUGGGAAGCGCGACUCAUGAUAAAAUCACAGAGUACAUUCCCUAUAGCUUGUUCCUGGCCUCCUUCGGGUGCGCGUUGCCGUUUUUGGCUACUUUCGCUUCCUAUUUUGCCAUCCUCGUGGUGGUCUGGAAAAACGACAACAUUAGGACCGUGGAGAAAAGAAAAAUAGGGGUGAUGAUUUUCACAGUCAUUGUGCUGUACGUGGUCUCCUUCAUCCCCUACCACGUUCUUCGUAAUGUUAACCUGUUUAAUAGAGAUGAUAGCUGCUCCCGGCCCCCCAGCAUGACAAUCUAUGAUGCCUACCAAGUUAGCAAAGUACUGGUUACUUUCAACAUGUGCAUCCAUCCUCUACUCUAUGUAUCGGUUUUCGACAGCAUGAGGGCUAUUUGUGGACUGCCCACCUCUAUAGCGAUUAAACAGACUCCACGUACAAAUGUGAUGAUGAAAACUGCUGUGGACUUGUAACUGUUAUGCACGUGUCACCUUGCCGCAUGGACUGUGGCAACAGUGGCCUUGUGCUGCAACACGGGCGCGUAAAUGGAAGUGUCUGCACGCCUGAUUUCAGCUUGCAGUUUUAUAAUGAGCUUGACGGUGUGCAGCACGGACACACAUACAGGACUGCAUUCUCUGAGCUCUUUUGGCUGCAGGGUUGGUGUAAACAGCAACAAGAUGAAAACAUUGAAGAACAAACUUUGUGUUUUCCUUUGUUAAAACACACUGUUCAUAAAAUGUUCUAAUGUACUCUGUUUUAGUCUGUGAGAAUAUUGUAGGAUUCUAUAUUCCUGUUUAUUCUAGUAUAACAGUAGAAAUUAUUAUUACAGAUAUCAUUGUAAGUCUGAGUAAAGAAGGACAAAGCUGGUUUGCUGGUCAAUUGCAUCUCCCAUUCAAGACCCUUGGCUAUGUAUAAACUCUUAUAUUUUACUAGCAAAAAAGUAUUGCAUGAGCUAGGCAACUGGACACUAACAGAUAAGAGAAAUGAAUCUUGGCUCUCUGCUUUGUUAUAAACUUUUAAAUUAACUAACGAGAAGUACAAGAAAACCAAAGUUAAUGUUCACUACCUCAUUAUGUUAUAAAAUUGGUCGCUGCUUGAAAUUGAGAUGUGGACCUCUUAUCUGUAGAGAUACCGGUCUGAGCCGUCUCUUGAAUCAGGCUAAAGCCUGACUCCAUGCGGUGAAUUUGGAAAAAGCAGAGUUUCAUAUUAAUCCAAACUAACCUUGGCAGGAGAACAAGUUGCCUGAAACCUGCUUGAACAGGGGAUUUUUAGAAACAGAGAGAGAGAGAGGGCAAGCUUAGUUUAAGAAUUAAAAAGCUAACAAUGAGACUGUUACAUUUAGCUGUUUUCUAUAGCCUGUAUUUAAAUGGAAAUAACUGGAUCUGCAAUUAUAGACUUAGAAGUUUGCCAUGAAUCUUCUAACAGACUUUGUUCAGUAUUAUUAUGUUAAAACACAUCUAUACAUGAAGCAAAGCCCGCCUAUUGAAAAUAAUGUUUUGAUGUUAAGAGGGAAAUAUAUUUUAAAACCCAGGAUGAAAUAAUCAAACAGAGUCAGUGUUAUAUAUUAAAAGACACCUCUCUCUCUAAAGGAAAAAACAUGUGAUAAUCAUAUUUAUAUUGAAGUAUUAAUGCUGUUAAACUUGUAAGCAUUGGAUCACCCAGACUGCCUAUUAGCUGGGAUCUGAAGUGGGCUGUAACCACUCGCUCCACUAUUAAGCAUUUAAUAAACCUAAGCGGGACUAAUACUGCUAUGAUUGGUUAAAACUUCAAAUUGAAUGAGCCUGUGUGAUUGAUUAAAGUUGUCUGGCUAUAUUGCAAGCCCAGUGCACUAACAAUCCACUUACAGGAGUCCAAAACAUCUCUGAGUCCUCCUUAAACGUCUCCCCUGAGUUUAAGAGUGUUCUGAGAGCAUAUAUAUAUGUAUAUAUAUAUAUAUAUAUAUAUAUAUAUAUAUAUAUAUAUAUAUAUAUAUAUAUGGCUACGACACAGAGAGGUUGGGUGAGGGUGUGUCGCAUCUCUCUCUCUCUCUCUCUCUCUGAGUGGUCGGGAGGCGGGUCUUGAGGGGGCGGGGCGACCAAUAAAACUGACGCUCUACUAUUCCUUCAGUCUUGCGCUUCUGAAGAACGACAGCGGGAGUUCUGAUCAGAAACCUGGAUCAGAAAGCAAAGCUCACCAGUGUCUGCAGCAAGAGAAAGAGGCAAGCAAGCGUGGCUGUGGAAGACAGCUGCCACAAGAGGAGUAGUGCUUUGUCACACAGCCCUAGUGGGGGAAUAAGAGAGCCGAGAGCGUCACGGAAACUCGGGCCGGCAGCGGGACGCUGCAGAAGCAGCACCUUUUGUUCGUAGUUUUGUUUUAUUUUCGUUUUUUUGUUUCAUGGUUUGGUUUUGAAUUUUACUUUUGCUUUCUAGCACUUGCAGUGCUUCAGUACAAGGGGUGCCCCCUUGUGCCUUAAAUAAAGCUUGGGCGCCUGUGAGGCGUUAUCAAAUAAA